CCUGAAUGUCACACCAUGAGCUCGGGCACCGCUUCCUACCGCUGUUCCAUGUCCUCCUCUGCUGAUUUUUCCGAUGAUGAUGAUUUCAGCCAAAAGUCUGGCUCCGCAUCCCCUGCUCCAGGCGACACCCUGCCCUGGAACCUACCUAGACACGAGAGGUGCAAGAGGAAGAGCCCCGGGGCAGCUGUGCUGGACCCUGCGGAGAGGGCAGUGCUCCGGAUAGCUGAUGAGAGGGACAAAGUUCAAAAGAAGACAUUUACAAAAUGGAUUAACCAGCACCUAAUGAAGGUACGGAAACAUGUGAAUGAUUUAUAUGAGGAUCUACGGGAUGGACAUAACUUAAUCUCUCUAUUAGAGGUGCUCUCUGGAGAUACCCUGCCACGUGAAAAAGGCCGAAUGCGGUUUCAUAGACUGCAGAAUGUACAGAUUGCACUUGACUACUUGAAAAAACGACAGGUGAAACUUGUCAAUAUAAGAAAUGAUGACAUAACAGAUGGGAAUCCCAAGUUGACUUUGGGUUUAAUAUGGACCAUCAUUUUGCACUUUCAGAUUUCUGACAUCCAUGUUACUGGGGAGUCAGAAGAUAUGUCUGCCAAAGAGAGGCUGCUCCUUUGGACACAACGGACAACAGACGGUUAUGGUGGAAUACGCUGUGAAAAUUUUACCACCUGCUGGAGAGAUGGAAGACUAUUUAACGCCGUCAUUCAUAGAUACAGGCCGGACCUGAUUGACAUGGAUACCGUUGCUGUUCAAAGCAACAUUACAAAUUUAGAAAAUGCAUUUUAUGUAGCUGAAAAACUGGGCGUCACAAGACUACUUGACCCUGAAGAUGUUGAUGUUUCUUCACCUGAUGAGAAGUCAGUAAUAACAUAUGUAUCAUCAAUGUAUGAUGUAUUUCCUAAGACACCAGACGGUGGGGAAGGAAUUAGUGUAAAUGAUGUUGAGGUGAAGUGGAUAGAAUAUCAGAAUAUGGUGAAUUACCUCAUCCAAUGGAUCAGGCACCAUAUUGUAUUAAUGUCAGACAGAAGUUUUCCAAAUACUGCUGCAGAACUAAAGGCACUUUAUCAACAAUACUUACAAUUUAAAGAAAAAGAAAUUCCACCAAAGGAGUCAGAAAAAGCAAAAAUAAUGCAUUUGUAUACUUUACUUGAGGCUUGGAUAGAGUUUGGCCGCAUCAAGCUUUGCCAAGGAUACCAUCCAAAUGACAUAGAAAAGGAGUGGGGCAAACUUAUUAUUGCAAUGUUUGAAAGAGAAAAAAGCAUAAGGCCAGAAAUUGAAAGGCUAGAAAUGCUGCACCAGAUAGCAAAUCGUGUUCAGAGAGAUAGCCUAGGAUGUGAAGAUAAACUGAUUCUAGCUCGAAAUGCUCUUCAGGCUGAUGCAAAACGGAUGGAAUCUGGGCUCCAGUUUCAAAAUGAAGCUGAGAUUGCUGGCUACAUCAUUGAAUGUGAGAACCUUCUGCGACAACAGGUUGUUGAUGUCCAAGCCCUUGUCGAUGGGAACUUCUAUCAGGCGGAUCAGCUAGUACAGAGGGUUGCUUCUCUGCGAGAUCAGCUUUUGGCCGUAAGGAAUGAAUUUUCUUCAUUAUACAGCAAAGGACGCAUGCUUAGUUCUGACCAGACAAAACUAAUGAUAUCAGGAAUAUCACAAAGUCUCAGCAAUGGAUUUUCACAAAAUUUGCAAACCAUGAACCCUGUGAUGAGUUCAACAUUGUCUCAUCCUAUGACACCUUCCUUGACCCCUACACCAAUGACUCCUGGUUUUUCCCACGGCUUUAAUGCACAUUUGACUCCAGUAAUGUCACCGGGACUUGCUCCGAAUUUCAACCCAGGCUUAAUUCAGAACUACUCUUCUGGAAUGAACUCAAAUCCAUUACAGUCACUUAAACUCAUGCAAGUUAAAAAGCCAUUACCAAAGUCAUCUCUUGCUCAGAAUAACUUGCCAGAAGAAGAAGUUAACCUGAGAUUUAUCCAAGAUCUUUUAAGCUGGGUGGAGGAAAUGCAGGUGCAGCUUGAUCGAGCAGAGUGGGGUUCAGACCUGUCCAGCAUCGAAAGUCAUAUGGAAAAUCACAGAAACUUUAAUGGGGGCAUUGAGGAGUUUGAAUCAAGUAUUAAGGAGGCAAAAAUGAGUGAGAUCCAAAUGUCAGGUCCUCUUAAAAUGGAAUAUUCUGAAGCCCUACGUGACCUAGAGAGCCAAUAUGCUAAACUCAUGAAUUCUACAAGGAGUCGGCAAAAACAUCUUGACUCCCUGUACAAUUUUGUGACUCGGGCCACAAGGGAACUUAUAUGGCUGAAUGAAAAAGAAGAGGAGGAAGUGGCUUAUGACUGGAGUGACAGAAAUCAGAGUAUAACAGCAAAGAAAGAUUACCAUGCUGAUUUAAUGCGAGAGCUUGAUCAAAAAGAAGAAAUCAUUAAAUCAGUGCAGGACAUUGCAGAGCAGAUGCUGCUACAGAAUCACCCUGCAAGAUCAUCUAUUGAGGCUUACCGCUCUGCCAUGCAGACCCAAUGGAACUGGAUUUUACAGCUUUGUCAUUGUGUGGAGCAGCAUAUACGCCAGAAUUCGACCUACUUUGAGUAUUUCAAUGAUGCUAGAGAUGCUACAGAAUUUCUGAAGGGUUUGAAAGAUGCCAUCCUUAGGAAAUACAGCUGUGAUAAAUCUACUAGUUUGCAUAAGCUAGAAGAUCUUGUUCAGGAAUCAAUGGAAGAAAAAGAACAGCUUUUGCAGUAUAAGACUUCAAUUGCCAGCCUUGUUGGAAGAGCAAAGACAAUAAUUCAGCUGAGACCACGGAAUCCUGACAAUCCUCUUAAAUCAUCUAUCCCAAUUAGAGCAAUAUGCGACUAUAGACAGAUUGAGAUUACCAUUUACAAAGAUGAUGAAUGCGUAUUAGCAAGUAACUCUCACCGUGGUAAAUGGAAGGUGAUCAAUCCCACUGGCAAUGAAGCUAUGGUCCCAUCUGUGUGCUUUACUGUGCCGCCCCCAAACAAAGAGGCAAUAGAAACAGCUAACAGGAUUGAGCAGAUGUAUCAAAGUGUAUUAUCCCUUUGGCACGAGUCUCACAUAAAUAUGAAGAGCAUCGUGUCCUGGCAUUAUCUAAUGAAUGAAAUUGAAGCUGUUCGCGCCAGCAAGGUUUCCUCAAUAAAGACAAUGUUGCCUGGAGAACAUCAGCAGAUCAUGAGCAGUAUAAAAUCCCGUUUUGAUGAUUUUGUAGAAGACAGUCAGGAAUCUAAGAUUUUCUCUCUCUCUGACAUUGGACAGCUUGAAAGAGAGGUUAAUGUUUGCAGAGUAUACUAUGAAGAACUACUUAAAUCUGCCGAAAGAGAGGAACAAGAGGAAUCUAUUUACAACCUAUAUGUAUCUGAGAUCCGCAACUUCCGCCUCAGAUUGGAGGGCUGCGAGGAGAGGUUAAUCCGGCAAAUCAGGACUCCACUAGACAGGGAUGAUAUUCAUGAGAGUGUUAUAAGGAUCUCUGAACAGGAGAAGCUAAAGAAGGAUUUGGACCACCUUAAAGACGAUUUGUCAUCCAUGUCAGAUAAAUGUCAGACAUUCUUAAGCCAAGCUGCCAGCUCACCCUCCAUAGAAACUCUGCGUUCUGAGCUGAACACGGUUGUGCAGAGCAUGAGCCAAGUGUACUCCAUGUCUUCUAUAUACUUAGAAAAGUUGAAAACUAUAAAUCUGGUACUAAAGAACACUCAAGCAGCGGAAUCUCUUGUGAAGCUGUAUGAGACAAAACUGUGUGAAGAAGAUGCUGUUACCGCAGAUAAAAAUUCCAUUGAAAGAUUAGUGGUUACUUUGAAGCAAUGGAGAUCUGAAGUGGAUCAGAAAAGGGAGGCGUUUCACGAAUUGGAAGAUGAAUUACAGAAAUCCAAGACCAUCAGUGACCAAAUGUUUAAAGCACACAAAGAGCGUGAUCUUGAUUUUGACUGGCACAAAGAGAAGGCUGACCAGAUUGCUGAGAGGUGGCAAAGUGUACAUUCUCAGAUUGAAAACAGAUUACGUGAUCUUGAUGGAAUUAGCAAGUCUUUGAAAUAUUAUAAAGAAUCUUUUGCGGAGCUUGAGUCCUGGAUUCGAAAAAUUGAAGAAACACAAAAUAUGUUUCAAGAAAACAUGCCUGAUAAUAGCAAGGCGUUGGCUAAACAUCUGGAUCAACUCAAGGUUCUUAUUUCAGAAAUUGAAAUGAAGCAAAACAAGAUGGACGAAUGCCACAAGUAUUCUGAAAAUUAUUCAUCAGCAAUAAAGGACUAUGAGCUACAGUUAAUGACGUACAGAGCAUUAGUAGAUUCCCAUCAGAAGUCACCGAUGAGACGUAGAAAAAUUCAAAGUUCCUCAGAUGUUAUAAUUCAAGAGUAUAUGAAUUUAAGGACCCGCUACACUGCUUUGAUGACGUUGAUCACUCAACUUGUUAAAUUUUCGGAGGAUUCUUUGAAGAGAAUUGAGGAAGAAGAGAAGUCACUGGAGGAGGAAAAGAAAGAUCAUAUAAAGAAAGCAGGGGACAUACUGAAUUGGGUGUCUAAAGUCACUAAAACGCUAAACAAAGAAGGAGGACAAGAAAGUGCAGAAAAGACACCCUUUUCUAAGCCACAGCUUUCCAGCGAUGAGAUAUUAUCCAAGCAAGAAGAAAUUUCAGAGGCUGCUCAAACUUUGCAGGUGCUGCUAGCUAAGCACAGUGACAGAAUGACAGAUGAAGAGAGAGCAGAAAUUGAACAACAGACUAAAGCAUUGCAAGAAGGCCAGAGCUUAUUAGCCAGAGAAUAUGAGAGGCAACAGCAAGAAGCCAAGCAUCUGGUAGACAGGCUGGUGGAACAGAAGGUGGACAAGGUUAUAUCAGGCACCAUUGAUGAGGCAACUGGCACCGUUUAUUCAAUUUACCAGUCUAUAAAACAGGGUUUUGUUGAUUAUGAAACAGGAUUUGCUUUACUUGAAAUGCAGUUGAUUAUAUCAGGGAUAAUUUCACCAAUUUUAAUGACAUGUUUAGAUCUUGAAGAAGCUAAAAAUCACAGCCUUAUUGAUGAGCAAAUCUCAGUACGACUUCAGGAAUUAAUCAAUGCCAAAGAUAAUGUUUCAUCUCUGUCUCACUCUGACUUCCCAGUAAUAGCUGCUUUUGAGCAGGGUCUAAUUUCAGAAUCUGCAGCAAUUAAAAUGUUGGAUAUUUUGCUCUCAUGUGGAUGCUUGUGUGUGCCAGAUACUGGAGAACAACUUAAUCUAAAUAAACUAUUUCAAAGAAACCUGAUUUCUACUUUUCUGUUUUCUAAACUGCUUGAAAAGCAAAAAAAUGGCAAAGAUCUCAUUGAUCCCAUCACAGCCGAAAAGGUUACAAUGAUAGAAAUCUUUCAAAGAGCUGUCGUAAAUAAACAAACAGGAAUGCGUUUUUUACCUGUUAAUACACAAGACAAUGGAAAAAUUACUUUAAGGACUGGCAGGAAGAUAAGUGUUCUGAGAGCAGCCCAUGAAGGGAUUUUGGAGCGAGACACUAUGUUUAGGUUGCUUGGUGCUCAGAUUUUUUCAGGGGGGAUACUUGAUCCAGAAUCUGGAAGAAGAAUGACCAUAGAUCAAUCGUUAGAACAAGGAGUAAUGGAUCAGAGUACAGUCUGCGGUAUAUUAACUCAACAAGUUCAAAAUGGAGGAAUCCUUUGUCCCUCUACAGGCAAAUACUUAACUGUGGAUGAAGCUGUUCAAUGCAACCUUAUAUCAUAUAGCAGUGCACUGUUGGUUCUUGAGGCCCAGAAAGGAUUCAUUGGCCUAAUAUGGCCAGACACAAGUGAAAUAUUUCCUAUAUCAACAUCUUUGCAACAAGGAAUGGUGUCUAAUGAAUUAGCCCAGACAAUUCUAAACAACAGACAAAAAAUAGCUGGGUUGUAUAUUCCUGAAACUUCUGAGAUUGUUCACCUGGAUACAGCUGCUCAGUUAGGAAUUAUAGACAGUAACACAGCUUGUGUUCUUAAUGAUCUCCACAUAGAAGACAAAAUGCCAAAUAUUGAUGUCCUUGAAUCUAAUUGCAAACAUACCUUUAAAUGGAUGUCCUCUUCUUACGACCCUCAAUCUCUGCCAUUUAAUGAAGUUUCUGACAAGAAAUCUUUGGAAUCGGAUGAACCAACUCAUAACCCAGAACAUACAAAACAGUUAUUCUUUUCAUAUUUAAUGAUAAAUAGCUAUAUUGAUGCAAACACAGGAGAAAGACUUUUGCUGUUUGACGGCGACCUUGAUGAAGCUGUCGGUAUGUUUCUUGAGUCUGAGGAAACCACAAGCAUACUUUGUGAGACUGAUAAUGAACUCGGCAAUUUUAGUGGGCUUAAUUUUAAUUUGUCAGUGUUAGAGAAGCAAAAUGAGCAAACAGAUACACAGGGCUACUUGGAAACCAUACCUCAGUUGCAUGAAAAUGAAUGUAAAAAUGUGAUUGCUUUUGAAACAGAGAAAAAAUCAACUGAAAAUGAUUUAUUUGAUGAUACAGAAGAUGCACAGCAAAAAGUUUGGGAUGUAAAAGACAGUAAAAGUACCAAGGAUGGGGAAAUCCUAAACUCUCAGCUGGAAAAUACAGAAGCCACAGAUUUUUGCCUACAAAGAAAUGAAAUGGAAAGUGACAAAUCUAAACAAUUUGAAACACAGCAAUUGUUUAAUAGUGAAAAUGAGAAAACGGAACAUACAAAAUGUGAACAAUCUAAAGGUCUCAGGGAAGUUCAAACAUCAAUCAAACAAGAUUCGGACAGUUUCACAUCACAUGAUUUUAUUGUUGCAAAUGAUGAAUCUUUAUUGUUUGAUACAUCAGAAAAAAAAGACUGCACCCCUCACAUACAAUUCAGUAGGGAAGACAAUAACUUUAAUGUAUUAGAGGACCAACCAUACAUGGAAGAAAGUAAUGUUUCAUGUACUCAUAACUUUAGAAAAGAUAAUUUGCAGUUUGCAAACCAACAUACAAUUAAUAGCGAUAUUGUACUAGAAAAUGCUGUUGAGCAUUUUGGAGAUAAGUCAGAGAAUUCUGUUUGUUUGUUAGAAAAUAUGUCUCCUUGCUUUAAUAAAGGGCAACAGGUAUGCCAAGAGGCUACUAGUGAUUGUUCUCCACACAGUAACACCAUCAAAAAAUGUGACCGUGAAGCACAAGCUCAAGACCAGAUUAAUAGUGAAAGUUCCAUUACCCCAUCUAAAGUAGAAAAUGAUGUUCUUGUAUGUAACAACAGUGUAAUUAUACCCAGCAGUACAUUAGAAGUAGAAACAAGCACAGGCAAAGCAAAAUGCAAGUCUGCUGAGCUAGCAAGUGAUCCUUCCAUUCCUUUAUUCAAAGAUGAGGUAAUCACAUGUAAUACCAGUAUAGAUUGUCAUAAGAAAGCAUUAAAAAUUGAAACUUGCACAGAUAUAUCAAAUAGCAUUGCUACUCAGCCUUCAACGGACAGUUCCAUUACUUUUAACAAACUAGAAGAGGAGGAUCUAACAUACUGUAGUUUGGAUGCUAAUGAUUCCAUGCUCGAAGCAGAAAUGUGCAUAAAUAAAUCAUCAACAAUGGCAAUGCAACCUGCAACAAAUAAUGAUAUUUUUAGACAACAUUAUCUUGAAACUGGUGAAGAAACCUUUGCUCAUCUUCAAAACAACAGUGAUUAUGAUACAUCUGACCUUGAAGAAAAUGAAAGUGAAGAUGAUGAUGGAAUUCUUCCACAAAUGUGCAAGAAAAUUCAGACAGGUGUGGAUACAAAUGAAGAAAAAAGAAAACAUAGUUUUAAUGAUACUGAAACUAGUUCUGAAGAUGAAAUAUUCUAUUGCACCAAUAGUGAGAUAGACAAUGUAGACUUACUACAUGGGAGGACAUUUCUUGAAACUAUAAUUGAAGAAGAUUCUGAAAGCCCCACCUAUUUAGAUGAACAGGCAACACUACAUAAAGAAAGAAUAGCAACUACUGAUAGUGUUUUCAGUGCAAUUGAUUCUAAGACAGUAACUUAUGAGAGAAAUGAAAAUGAGGAACCUAAAGCAGAUCUGAAUGAAGAUGAAAAAAAGGGGCAAGAAUACUAUCCAGUUAACUAUAAAGAUGGCUUACAGGAAGAUAUGAUCAUUGAAGACUUUAGUAGUGAAACUGAUAUUGAUUGCUAUGUUACUGAUGAAAGCAACAGUGACGAUGACUUUAUUAUAAAUGAAGAACUCACAGCUGUUCAUAAUAAGGACAUUCAGUUUGGUGAGAGUGCCUCUUUUUUCUGGAAUUCAAGUCCAGAAGAAAGGGAGAAAGUGGCUGACUCUCCUAACGGAACAGGCUUAAAUUGUCAAGGGAAUAAUGAUAGUGUGGAAGAGGAUAUAACAAUGAUCUAUGAAGGUCAUUUUGUACCUUUCAAGUCUACUGUGCAAGAUGCUUAUGCAACAGAAAGUAGUUUAUUUGAAAGUGGAGAGAUUAAACAAGCUGACAAUAUCAGCUACAUGCACCAAUCUGUGGAAGAGGCAAAUGGAUUUUCUGAAAUUGAUCAUCAGUCAACAAUAGACAGUUCCACCAUUGAUAGUGCGGAGGGUGGAUUUUCUAGGGAAAUUGAUAAACUUGUUACAAACUCUGUUUUUAUAAGUGCAAAUGACAUUGCAAGCACAUUUUACGAGGAUAACGCUAGUGGCAUUGAUUCAAAUAGUUAUAAAAAUGAAAACAUGUGUAAUACUAAUUUAAUAGAUGAAAUGAAGUCACCUCUUAAAAACACAGAUAUAAACAACUCUACUCAAUUAGCCAAGGAUCAAGACAUUACACAUAUACCUACUGAUCUAAAUGAAACCCAGGCUGCACAUAUCAGUUUACCUGAGCAUAAUGAAAACAUUGCACGUCUUUUAAACAAAAGUCCUAUUCAGAUUGAAAACCUUGGAGCAAUUUUUGAUUCAUCUGUUCAUAAAACUGACAAUAAAAUUAAUACUGCAACUAUUAACACAUGCCAUAUGUCUGAAGAUUCAGAGAAAAAUGCUAUUGGUGGCUUAACAUGUUAUCUUAAGGAUUGUGUAGCAGAUAUUGAAACACAGAAACUUACCAAUAAUAGUUCCUCUUUGGAAGAAAAAAAUGGUAUCAUAGUUAAACAAAACUCAGCUGAUUUAACUGUUUUUCCAAUUAUAAUGGCUCCGUCUGAAUUUAGAACUGAUUCCACCACUAGUACUGAUCAAGAAGACUCUGGUAAAAAAUUUAGUCUAGAAAAUGAAAUUGAUAGUCUUACCACAAGAAGGCAGAGCAGCGAAACUGAUGUAGAUAAACUAAUAAUGGAUAGUAUUACAGAUCCAUCUUUCAUUAUGGACAUCUCAAAUGAAAGUCACCGUUUUAGGCCACAAAGUGUUACUAUUAGUGAAGAAAACAUUUUCAGUGAUACAAUUUCAUCUGGAGAAAAUGAUGAAGUGAAAAAGGCAUUGUUAAACAAUCAGUUGGCGUUAUGUCUAGAAACACCCAAUAGCAGCUUGCUUACAGAGAAUCUAAAAGCGGUAGAAUAUAACUUAGGAGACAAAAUUAAGGAAUGUAAUAAAGAUUUCUUGAACCAACUGAACAAUAAAACUGAAAUAGAUAAUAACAGUGACAGUUCUACAAUACCAAGUGAUAAGGUGAAGGAUCCUAUCAAUGAUAUCUUUGUCUUCCCUGAUAAAUGUAAUUCUGCUAUCCCACUUUCUGAAUCUCAAGUCCACAGCAAUGAAAAAUCUGUUGAGGAAACAGUUAUAGACAAUGACGCCUUUGAUGAACAAGUACUAGAACCUAAUCAUCCUAAAUUAAUAUCGUCUCACCUUGAGCAAAUAUUCCACAUUCCACCUGAUGCUGACAAUGCAAACAAACUAGAAGAGUUGAUUAUCAACAUAAAUAAAGGUUUCUUCCUAAGUGAGCUAGGCAGUCCCUCUUACAAACCUGAGAACUUGGAAAAUCAAAGUGAGGAUGUGUCAGAUGACACAGGUACUAGGGAUCACAAGUCAUCUCAACCAACAAGUGAGUUAGAAUACAUUCCAGCUACUGCACAAAUGAAUGAUGUGUUGAAAGAUCAUCUCGAUGAAAAAAUAAACAAAGCUCAAGAAAAUCCUGAAAAUAUUCCUAACAAUAAGGAAGCUCAGGAAAGCAUUUCACCAAGCAAGGUUCCUAGUGAAUUAAAUGAGUGCUCUCAGAAAUUAUGUGGACAUCUAACUGUUGUUCAAGAUAUGAAAUUACACUUAGAUAGCUUGCCUCCCAUCAGUGACAAUCUGGAAACAUUAAAAAUACAACUUGAGCAGCUUGAGUCAUUUGAAACCAGGUUAACUUCACUUUCUGUAACUCUGAAUAAAGAUGUAACGUUUGCCGAGCAGUUAUUACAUUCUUUGCCCGGUGAUCUUCCGGGGGAGCAACUUAAAGAAUUAAUUGCCUGUUUGCAGAAAGCCUUGGCUGUGGUUUGUCAAAUGACUUCUGAUCGAGCAAAACAGAUUGCAUGCGCAGUGGACUCAGAGAUGUCAAAGUUAGCAGAAACACACCAAGAACUUUUAGAUAAGCUACAACUUUUGCAAGAUUGGAUCAAAACAAUCAAUGAAAACAUGGACUUUGCAAUGACCACUAAUGAUGAAGAAAUUAUGAAGCAAAGCCUACAGUUUCUUAAGAAUGCAAAUGAGGAGCUGACUGAGCACAAGAUAGAUCUGGAGACCACAGCAUUUGACAUCCAAUUCUUCAUAUCUGAACAUGCCCAAGAUCUCUCUCCAAAUCAAAGCAAACAGCUACUGAGGCUGCUGAACAUGACGCAAAAGAAUUUCCAUGAAGCGCAGAAGAAGAUCUCAACCCAGAUGGAACUGUUAAAAAGUCAUUUGCUGGCAGCACAAGACUUGAAUGAGCAGAAGGAUGCUGAAGUGCAUCUGCAAGAACACAAGGAGAAGCUUCAAGAGAUCUGUGCUCUCCUCACACAGACAGAAAACAAACUGAUUGGUCAGCAAGAUACCUUUUCUAUUGGUGACAGCCCAGCUGAGCUGCAGCACUAUCAGUCUGAAUAUGAGGAACUCCAAAAAGAUAUGCAAGCUGGAGCCAGUGAGUUGGCAGAGAUUGUAAAAAACACUGAGAAAUUCCUCAAGGAACAUGGGAACAAGCUAUCACAAGAAGACCGAGCUCUUGUUGAACAGAAAUUAAAGGAGGCAAAAACCAAGUUUGAGCUUCUCACCAAAAAAGCAGAAGAAUCCAAAAAAGAGCUGGAAAAGGCGGUUACAACUGCAAUCAAGCAAGAAACAGAGAAGUCGGCCGCUGUAGAGCAGUUGGAAGAAAGUAAAAAUAAAAUUGAGGGCCUGUUGGACUGGCUGUCGAAUGUAGACAAAGAGGCAGAAAAUGGCAACCAAGUGCUGAAACCAGAAAUCCACCAAAAUGGAACACAUCGCAAAGACAGCAGCCUAAAGGGCUUACUUAGUGAAGAGGUCAAUGGGAACUUGAUAGAGCUGGACAGGAAAAAAUCCAGUGUGCUUGUAUGUGAAGAACCUAAGGAAGAGGCUUUAAGCAGCCAGUACCAGAAAGUCAAGGCUCAACAUGAAAAAAUAGUAUCACAGCACCAGGCCGUUAUCAUUGCUACACAAUCAGCGCAAGCUUUACUGGAAAAGCAAGGCCGCUACCUCUCCCCCGAAGAAAAAGACAAAUUACAAAACGAUAUAGCAGCACUAAAAGCCCAGUAUGAAAUGACUUUAGGCGACUCAGAGAGAAAGAUGAAGUUGAUACAAACUGUGCAAGAAGAAUUUGAGAAAUUUACAGAAGAUUGCAAUGAGUUUGAAAAUUGGCUUAAAGAGUCAAAGGAGGAACUUGAAGAUUUAGAAACGGGAAGUGCAGAUUUUUCAGACAUCAUGACCAGGUUACAAAGGCAGAAAAGCUUUUCAGAGGAUGUGAUCUCUCACAAGGGAGACUUGCGCUACAUCACUAUAUCAGGACAGAGAGUGCUGGAUGCAGCAAGGUCGGGCAGUAAAGAUGAUAUCACAGAAGACAACAACAACAUUAACACCCUGGAGACGUGUAAACUGGUCCAAAAGAAACUGGAUACAGCAUCUGAACAUUUCAAAUCCCUUCAUUCCCAGUGCAAUGUCUUUGGAAAUAAUCUGAAGGAUUUAGUUGAUAAAUACCAGCAUUAUCAAGAAGCAUCUUCAGGGCUGCUGGCUGGCUUGCAAGCUUCUGAGGCUGCAGUUAACAAGCGGCUUACAGAGGCCAUUGCUGUGGAUGCCAAAAAUCUGCAAAGACAACUGGAAGAUUCAAAGGUGCUGUGUGAACAGGUGUCUGGUCACCAGGUUGCUGUGGACAAACUCAAGAAGGCGGCAGAUGUUAUUUUGGAUACCAAAGGAGGCCUUGCGUUAAAUAAGGAGGAGAUCCAGAAGCCCCUUGAUGAUAUAGUGGGAAAAUGCAGCACUUUGUCGCAGUCAGUGAAUGACUGGAAUGAGAAGCUGCAGGUGACUCUAACUCGAUCUCUCAGCGUUCAGGACGGUUUGGAUGAAAUGUUAGACUGGAUGCAAGGGGUUGAGAAGGACGUCAAGGGACAGCAUCAGAUUCCGCUAAACUCAUCUGCCAUUCAGGAAAUGAUUGCAAGAAACAAUUUGUUAGAACAAGAUAUAUCAAGUCGUCAAACCAGCAUAAAUACAAUGAAUGAAAAAGUGAAAAAAUUCAUGGAAACAGCGGAUCCUUCAACUGCAUCUUCUAUACAAGCAAAGAUGAGUGAGCUGUCUCAACGCUAUUCUAAAGCUAAUGAAUGUGUCAAAGAACGAAUAGUACAGAUGGAAGGCCUGAAGACUAAGGUUGAAUUAUUUGAGAAUCUCUCAGAAAAGGUUCAGUCCUUUCUGGAGAAGAAGUUGCAAUCUCUUACAGAGACAGACGGCCCAGGAAAGGAUGUGACUGAAUUGUCUCAGUACAUGCAGGAAACCAGCAGUGAGUUAGUGGAGCACAAAAAAGAUGUGGACCAAUUACAGAAACUUCUUGAAGAGUUGAGCGUACAUGGUUUACCAGGAGAUAAGGCUCUUGUUACAGAAAAAAUAAAUAACUUGGUGAAAAAGUUUCAAGAUCUUGAAGACACUGUUAAGGCAAAGGAAGAAGAUGUAUCUUCUUGCCAAAGCCAAAUGGAUAGUUUUAAGUCUUCAGUUAAGUCAUUAAAGCACUGGAUGGUAUCAGCAAGUGAAAGAAUCCCUGAAGUACGGCCCAUGCUAUGUGUGAAAGAAUUAUCUAAAGAUUUGAGUCAGAGUAAGGAUUUACAAGAAGAAUGGACGACGAAAGCCUUAGAAGUAAAGAAAAUACAUAACAAAGGAAUGGCCUUGUGUAACUUAAUAAGUGCUGUCACAUCACCAGCAAAGACCAGAAAAACGGUUAAAGCAGGAAGGACUGUACCAAAUGGUGGGGAGUCAUCAGAAAACAAGGACAAUUUGACGAAUAAAGAACUGGCUACAGUUCAGAAGGAGAUGACUGAUGUAAAUCAAGGCUAUGAGCACUUGGGAGUUUUGCUGAAAGAAAAAGUAUGUGAACUGGAGAAACUUCUAUCACAAAUGCAGCAGGUUCAAGAGGAGACAGAGACAGUGAUGCAGAUAAUCGAGAAAAUGCAGAAUGUUGCAGCAUCAUGGGAAGCUCCUACUGACAGUGAUGCCAUAAAGGCCCAGAUAGAACAACAUAAGCUCUUUGCAUCAGAAGUAAAAGAAAAUGAGAAUAAAGUGGAAAUGUUGAAAAACAAAUUGAAAGGAUUAAUUGAAGCUAAUCCAAAUUCACCAGAGGCUCACAAAUGGAAAGAAACACUGGAUAAAAUAGAUUCAUCGUGGAAAAAUGUUCGCCAGUCAUCAAUGGAAAGACAGCAAACCUUAGAAGAAUCCUCAAAUGACCAGACCCUGUUCCAGACUGCAGAGUCACAACUAAACCAGUGGCUAGUAGAGAAGGAACUCAUGGCCAGUGUUCUUGGGCCACUUUCAAUUGAUCCCAAUAUGCUGAAAAAUCAAAAACAGCAAGUUCAGAUUCUUUUAAAAGAAUUUGAUGCUAGAAAACAGCAGUUUGAACAGCUUAACUCAGCGGGGCAAAGGAUCCUCAGCAGGCCGGGCGAGCUCCCUCACAGCAAAGAGGUUGUAAAAGAGCAAUUGGCUACUGUUGAGUGCAAAUGGGGAAGUCUGACAGGACAACUAAAUGACAGAUGUGACAGGAUCGACCAAGCUAUUGUCAAAAGCACCCAGUAUCAGAGCCUUCUUAAAGACCUGUCUGAAAAACUAAGUGCCUUGAAUAACAAAUUAAGUAGCAACAUGGUGGUAAGCGCGGGACCGGAUGCUGCAAAACAGAAACUUGAAACUGCCAAAGAGCUUCAAGAAGCUGUAAAGGAGGAACUAAAGAAUAUACAGAAUGCAAAAGUACUCUGUGAGGAGCUGUCUCAUCUGGUGGCAGAGGCAUAUCUGAGAGCAGAACUAGAAAGGCAAAUGGACGCUAUUGUUAGACCUUUUACAGAUUUGGAACAAAAAGCAGGUCAUCAUGUUGAACAGUUACAAUCAGCGUUAGCCAGCUCUCAGAAAUUUCAUCAGAUGUCUGAGGAUUUCCAGUCGUGGUUAGAAACUAAGAAAAAAGAGCAAACUGAAGCUCCACUUAUAUCAGCAAAGCUUGAUACCUUGAAAUCAUUAAUCAAAGAGCAGGCAGAAUUUCAGAAUACUUUGAAUAAUCAGCGUGAUGCCUAUGGAAAAAUUAUAGCAGAGGGUGAAGGUCUCUUACAAAAAACAGAGGGAGAUGAGAAAUCAAAACUCCAUACUCAGCUUUCCGAGCUUAAGUGUAAUUGGGAAAAUAUAAAUAAACAGGUAUCUGAAAGGCAGCACAGUUUAAUUGAUUGCCAGCAGAAAGCUAUGAAAUACAAGGAGGUAGUAGACAAUAUUCAACCGUGGAUAGAACAGUGUCAAAAUAAACUGUCUGAAGUCAAACUUUCCUUAGAUCCAGUUGCAAUAGAUAAUUCAAUUGGUGACGUGAAGGUUUUGCAAAAGAGUGUUGAUAAGCAACGUGGAACUGUAGAAAUGUUAAAUAGCGCUGCAAACAGUUUGUUAGCUGUCUGCCAAACAGAUAAAGAAACCAUUGUAGAUGAGAGCGACACGCUUAAUAACCAGGUGGCAUUGCUCAUAGACAAUUUGCAUAAUAAAAAAGACUCUUUGGAGAACAUGGCUCAGCAUCUUAAAGAUUUUCAUGAAUCUGUUAAAGAGACAGAAAAGCAGCUGACUGUCACUCAAGAGCACCUGGAAGCACAUGAGUUGCUUGGGCCUCAAGCUUGCAGUAACAAACACUUAACUAUGAUGCAAACGCAACAAAAGACACUCCAGAACCUAGGAACCCAUGUAGAUCUCAUGGAGAGAUUAGCUCAAGAACUUGUUGUGGAAGCAUCUGAUGCUGAAGGUGUUUCUGAUCUGCUGCUACAAGCAGAAUCUCUAAAGCAAAAAUACAAUAACAUGAGUCAGAAGGUUGAAGAAAAAUGUUCAUUUUUAGAAGCCAAACUUCAAGGUAUAGGACAUUUCCAAAACAGUAUUCGAGAGAUGUUUUCUCAAUUUGCGGAACUAGAUGAUGAGCUAGAUGGCAUGUCUCCGGUUGGACGUGAUCAUGCUACACUGCAAUCACAGAAACAGGAUGUAAACACAUUCCUAAAGAAACUUGGUGAUCUAAUAACAAGCAAUGAAAAUGCCAACAAAACUUGUAAGCUUAUGCUGGCAACUGAAUCAUCUCCAGACCUUAUCGGCAUCAAAAGGGACCUGGAAGCCUUAAAUAAACAGUGCAACAAGCUGUUGGACAGAGCAAAGUCCAGGGAAGAUCAAAUUGAUGGGACCAUCACUCGCAUUAAAGAAUUUUAUAACACAUUACGCAAGUUUGUUGAAGUGAUUAGCCAAGUGGAAGAACAUGAAGAAUCCCAAGGUGCAGUUGGAAUGGAGACUGAUGUUAUAAAUCACCAGUUAAACACUUUUACGAUGUUCCAGAAAGAAGAGAUUGAACCAUUGCAAGUCCGUCUACAAGAGGUAAACUGGAUCGGCCAAGGACUUAUUCAAAGCGCUGCUAAAAACACAAGCACUCAAGGUUUGGAGCUUGACCUUGAGGAAGUUAACACACGAUGGAACACUCUAAACAAAAAGGUUGCACAGAGAGCAGUUCAGUUGCAGGAAGCGCUGCUCCAUUGUGGAAGAUUUCAGGACGCUCUGGAAUCUAUUCUGAGCUGGCUCGCGGACACUGAGGAUCUUGUGGCAAAUCAAAAACCUCCUUCUGCAGAGUUCAAAGUGGUUAAGGCACAGAUUCAGGAACAAAGGUUACUCCAGAGGAUACUCGAUGACCGCAAACCAACUAUUGAUGUUAUAAAGCGAGAAGGAGAAAAACUUGUUGGCUCAGCUGAGCUGGCAGAUAAAGAGAAGCUCUUGAAGCAACUGAGUACACUGGAAUGUAGAUGGGAUGAAUUGCUGAAGAAAGCUCAGAUAAGGAAUCGUCAAUUGGAUGGUAUAUUGGUUGUAGCUGAACAGUUUCAUGAUGUGUUGGAGCCAUUGUGCGAGUGGCUCACCACUGCUGAGAAAAAACUUGCUAAUUCUGAGCCCAUUGGAACACAGACAUCUAAACUUCUGCAACAGAUCUCUCAACAAAAAGCCUUACAAGAAGACAUCACAGCACAUAAUAAAAAGUUACACCAAUCUCUGAGCAUUGGCCAGUCUUUAAAAGCUUUAAGCUCCAAAGAAGAUAAGGAAAUGGUUCAGGAAAAAGUAGACAAUUGCCAGACACGGUACAUGGAGAUCCAAGAAAAAAGUAGUAGGAGAUGUGACCUUCUGCAGCAGGCUCACUGCAAUGCUCAGAUAUUUGGGGAUGAUGAAGUUGAACUGAUGAACUGGUUGAAUGAAGCCCAUGACAAGCUGAGCAAACUCUCAGUGCAAGAUUACAGCACUGAUGUGCUUACAAGACAACACACUGAGCUGCUGCUUCUUCAGGAAGAUGUUGUGCUUAGAAAACAAAAUGUGGACCAGGCCAUACAAAAUGGGAUGGAGCUACUUAAGCAAACAACUGGGGACGAAGUUGUGGUCAUUCAAGAGAAAUUGGACAGCAUCAAAUCACGCUAUUCAGACAUCACAAACUUAAGUUCAAAAGUAUCCAAAGUCUUGGAACAGGCUCUGUGUUUGGCAACACGGUUCCAAUCAACACACGAGGAGCUGGGCAAGUGGUUGGACAAGGUGGAGGUAGAACUGAAGGAGUAUGAAUCUCAGCAGCAUAAAGCUGACGGAUUAAGCAAUGUACAGGAGAGGAAGAAGGAAUUAAAGCAAGAGGCCAAGUCCAAUAAGGCUUUGUUAGACUCCUUGAAUGAAGUCAGCAGUGCUUUACUGGAACUAGUCCCAUGGAGAGCGAGGGGAGGACUUGACAGGAUGGUUACAGAAGAUAAUGAGCGGUACAGAUUAGUAAGCAACACCGUAACACAAAUGGUGGAAGAGAUAGACGCUGCAAAACUCAGAUCUCAGCAGUUUGAGCAAGCAGUCUCUGCUGAGUAUACAUGGAUUGAGGAAACCAAAAAUAAAAUGAUGUCUCUGGGUGACAUUAGACUUGAGCAAGACCAGACAAUAGCUCAGCUUCAAGUUCAGAAGGGAUAUACAAUGGAAAUUUUACGACACAAAGAUACAGUUGAUGAACUGGUUGCAUCAAGCGAGGAAAUAAUGAAUGCGUUCAAUGAAGAAGAAAAGAGGCCAUUAAAGAACAAACUUAAGAAGCUUAUUAAGAAAUAUGACGAUGUCUGCCAUUUAAAUGCGGAAAGGAGCCUUCAGCUAGAAAGAGCGGUAUCAUUAGUGAACCAGUUUUGGGAGACAUAUGAAGAAUUGUGGCCAUGGCUAAUCGAAACAGAGAGCGCCAUCUGUCAGCUUCCAGCUCCUGCUCUAAAUUAUGAGACUCUAAAGCAACAGCAAGAAGAUAUACGGCAACUCCGUGAGCUGAUUGCUGAACACAAGCCUCAUAUCGAUAAGAUGAACAAAACUGGGCCUCAGCUCCUGGAACUCAGCCCUGAAGAAGGAUUUUUCAUCCAGGAGAAAUAUGUGUCAGCUGAUGCUCUUUAUAGUGAAAUCAAGGAAGUUGUCAAGAAACGGGCUGUUGCCUUAGAUGAGGCAAUUUCUCAGUCAGCACAGUUCCAUGACAAGAUCGACCCAACACUUGAAAGCCUACAACGCAUUGCUGAACGCUUAAGGCAGCCUCCUUCAAUCUCUGCCGAGUGUGAAAAAAUCAGAGAGCAGAUAAGUGAAAAUAAGAAUGUUUCUGUGGAGCUUGAAAAGCUUCAACCUGUCUAUGAAACUCUAAAGAUGCGAGGUGAAGAAAUGAUUGCUCGGUCAGAAGGUGCUGAUAAAGAUAUCUCAGCUAAAGCUGUCCAAGAUAAGCUUGACCAAAUGGUAUUUAUCUGGGAGGAUAUCCAAGCUUUGACAGAGGAAAGAGAAGCCCAGUUGCUGGAUGUCAUGGAAUUGGCUGACAAGUUCUGGUGUGAUCAUAUUGCUUUGCUAGCCACCAUUAAAGAUACUCAGGACUUCAUUAGAGAAUAUGAAGAGCCAGGAGUUGACCCAUCUGUAGUAAAGCAACAACAAGAGGCAGCAGAGGUAAUAAGAGAAGAAAUUGAUGGGUUACAAGAAGAACUGGAUAUUGUCAUUAACCUUGGAUCUGAACUCACUGUCGCUUGUGGGGAACCAGACAAACCUGUUGUGAAUAAGAAUAUAGACGAGCUAAGUUCUGCCUGGGAGGCUGUCAACAAAGCAUGGAAAGAGCGAGUCGACAAGCUUGAUGAAGCAAUGCAGGCCGCUGUCCAGUAUCAGGAUGGCCUUCAGACCCUCUUUGACUGUGUUGACAUUGCCACAGGAAGAAUCGAGAGCUUGAAUCCCAUAGGAACAGACUUGGAAACAGUUAAACAACAAAUUGUAGAGCUAAAGGAAUUUAAGACAGGGGCUUACCAACAACAAAUAGAAAUGGAAAGGCUAAAUCACCAGAAGGAAUUGUUGUUAAAAAAGGUGACAGACAAAGCCGAUAAGCAAGCUCUUGAAGAUCCUAUGACAGAACUAAAACAAUUAUGGAAAUCCCUAGAGGAAAAAAUUGUCAACAGACAGCACAAACUAGAAGGUGCGCUUUUGGCGCUUGGUCCAUUCCAGCACGCUUUGGACGAGCUGCUAACAUGGAUGACGAACACGGAGGAACUGCUCAAUGAACAGAAACUCAUAGAAGGAGAUCCUAAAGCUAUUGAGAUAGAAUUGGCAAAACUUCAUGUUCUUCAAAACGAUGUGCUAGCUCAUAAGUCCACUGUUGAGACUGUUUAAAAUGGCUGGAAAUGAUCUAUAGAAUCAAGUGCUGGUGAGGAAGCAAGCAAUCUACACGCCAGACUAGAAGCUUUAAACCAGCGUUGGCUUAAUGUUUUAGAAAAAACAGAACAAAGGAGAAAGCAACUGGACAGUGCGCUAUUCCAGGCUCAAGGUUUCCAUAGUGAAAUUGAAGAAAUGCAUCAAUGGCUGACAGAUACUGAGCGUCAAUUAUUGGCUUCAAAACCAGUUGGAGGUUUACCAGAAACAGCCAGAGAGCAACUAAACUCCCAUCUGGAACUAUGUGAUGCCUUUGAAGCUAAGGAAGAGGUGUAUAAGAACCUAAUGCUUAAAAACCAACAAAUGAUGACAAGAUGCGCCGGUUCUUCAGAAGCAAACCUAGAUCAAGACAUUAACAAUUUAAAAGACAAAUGGGAGUCUGUGGAAACAAAACUCAGUGAGCGAAAGGCAAAACUGGAGGAAGCUCUCACGUUGGCCACUGACUUUCACAAUUCCCUUCAAGAUUUCAUUAACUGGCUUACACAAGCAGAACAGACACUUACUAUGUCUUCCCCAGCUAGUCUGAUUAUGGAUACUAUUUUAUUUCAAAUUGAUGAACAUAAGGUCUUUGUUACAGAGGUUAACGCACAUCGAGAUCAAAUAUUGGAACUGGAUAAAACUGGAAAUCAUUUGAAAUAUUUCAGUCAAAAACAAGAUGUUGUCCUGAUUAAAAAUUUACUGAUAAGUGUACAAAGCCGAUGGGAAAAUGUAGUUCAGCGCUCUUUGGAAAGAGGACGUGCUUUGGAUGACGCCCGAAAAAGAGCCAAACAGUUUCAUGAAGCAUUUCACAAACUUAUGGAUUGGCUGGAAGAAUCAGAAAAGAUCUUGGAUUCAGAACUUGAAAUUUCAAAUGAGCCUGACAAAAUCAAGACACAGUUAGCAACACAUAAGGAAUUCCAAAAAACUGUUGGCGCCAAACAUUCAGUUUAUGACACUACUGCAAGAAGUGGACGCGCGCUAAAGGAAAAAGCUUCCCUCAAUGAUGAUAUUCAAACGUUAGAUGACAUGCUGUGUGAGAUAAGAGACAAGUGGGAUACUGUGUGUGGGAAAUCUGUGGAAAGACAAAACAAAUUGGAGGAAGCGCUACUAUUUUCAGGACAGUUUACCGACGCUCUCCAGGCGCUUAUUGAUUGGCUGUACAGGAUCGAGCCCCAGUUGGCUGAAGAUCAGCCUGUGCAUGGUGACAUCGAUAUUGUGAUGAACCUCAUAGACAACCACAAAGUAUUCCAAAAAGAGCUGGGAAAGCGAAGCAGCAAUAUUCAGGCUCUUAAGCGUUCUGCAAAAGAACUAAUUGAAGGAAGCCACGAUGAUUCUUCCUGGGUCAAGGCACAAAUGCAGGAAUUAAGCACACGGUGGGAAACAGUGUGCACCUUGUCUGUGUCCAAACAAACAAGACUAGAAGACGCCCUUUGUCAGGCAGAAGAGUUCCACUCCGCUGUGCAUAUUCUUUUGGAAUGGUUGGCAGAAGCAGAACAAGCCUUGCGUUUCCAUGGCGUUCUGCCUGAUGAUGAAGAGUCCCUGAAGCCACUCAUAGACCAGCACAAGGAAUUUAUGAAAAAAGUAGAAGAGAAAAGGGCUGAAUUGAAUAAAGGAGCAACCAUGGGAGAGGCGAUCCUAGCAAUCUGUCAUCCAGACGCUAUCACUACUAUUAAACACUGGAUUACCAUUAUCAGAGCCAGAUUUGAAGAGGUUCUUACAUGGGCAAAGCAACAUCAACAUAGACUAGCUGCAGCAUUGGAAGAUUUAAUUUCCAAAAAAGAACUCCUGGAAUCAUUGUUGUCAUGGUUACAAUGGGCAGAAACAACACUUAAUGAAAAAGACAAAGAGGAGAUUCCAUUGGAGAUAGAUGAAGUUAAAGCAUUAAUUGCAGAACAUCAGACAUUUAUGGAAGAAAUGACGAGAAAACAGCCUGACGUUGAUAAGGUUACAAAGACAUACAAGAGAAAGCCAGGCGAGUCUGCUGCAGUCCAAUCCCAAAUACCUAUCUAUGGAAGAACAGGAAGAAAACGUUCACCAACACCAACGUUCCCAAAUGGCACGCAAGCACAGAUUGAAACAAAGAAUCCAAGGGUCAAUUUACUAGUCAGCAAAUGGCAGCAAGUAUGGCUGUUGGCUUUAGAGAGAAGAAGACACCUGAAUGAUGCUUUAGAUAGACUGGAAGAGCUACGGGAAUUUGCCAACUUUGAUUUUGACAUUUGGAGAAAGAAAUAUAUGCGAUGGAUGAACCAUAAGAAAUCCCGAGUAAUGGACUUCUUCAGGAGGAUAGACAAAGAUCAAGAUGGCAAGAUAACAAGACAAGAAUUUAUAGAAGGAAUCCUGUCCUCAAAGUUUCCAACCAGCCGAUUAGAGAUGAGUGCAGUGGCUGAUAUCUUUGAUCGUGAUGGUGAUGGAUAUAUCGAUUAUUAUGAGUUUGUGGCUGCCCUUCACCCUAACAAAGAUGCUUACAAACCUGUAACUGAUGCUGACAAAAUUGAGGAUGAGGUAACACGGCAAGUGGCUAAAUGUAAAUGUGCCAAAAGAUUCCAAGUGGAACAGAUUGGAGAAAACAAAUAUAGGUUCUUCCUUGGAAAUCAGUUUGGUGACUCCCAACAACUUCGGCUUGUUCGAAUUUUGAGAAGUACUGUGAUGGUUCGAGUUGGUGGUGGCUGGAUGGCCCUUGAUGAGUUCUUGGUUAAAAACGAUCCUUGUAGAGUUCAUCAUCAUGGAAGUAAAAUGUUACGUUCGGAAUCAAACUCUUCAAUUACUACUCAGCCUCUUAUAGCAAAAGGAAGGACAAAUGUCGAGUUGAGAGAAAAGUUUAUGUUGCCCGAUGGUGCUAGUCAGAGCAUGACACCUUUCCGACCAAAGGGUCGCAGAUCUCGUCCAUCCUCUAGAGGCGCUUCACCAAAUAGAUCUAAUUCAACUCCAAAUGUUCAGGCCAGUCCGUCACAAGCUACUGGCUCCACUACACCAAAGGGAACGCCAAUACAAGGAAGUAAACUAAGGCUUCCAGGAUAUCUCUCGGGAAAAGGAUUCCACUCAACAGAAGACAGUAGCAUAUUAACCACAGCUGCCUCCAAAGUCAGGACACAGUUUGCAGAUUAUAGAAAAACGCCAAGUCGAGCUGGGAGCAAGGCUGGUAGCAGGUCAAGUAGUCGGCGUGGCAGUGAUGCCUCAGACUUUGAUAUCUCAGAAAUCCAAUCAGUCUGCUCAGAUGUAUUUGAGACUGUUAAUGAAAGUUGCAGACCUUCACCGCGGUCAAGUUCACGAUCGUCUACAGGAAAACCUUCCAAAAUCCCUACACCACAACGACGGUCACCAAUGAGCAAAAUCAACAAGUCAACCAAAAGAUGAGCUCUUGGAUGAGUUCUGAAGAGAUUUAUCAUUGUGCAUUACUUAUUUAAGUUUAUAAGAUGUAAAAUAUUAUGUAGAAUUUAUCGUGGAAUAAUGCAAAUGUUUGAUUUUAAUUCUGCAGAUUGCCUUAAAUGUGUGUUUGUCUCGUUUUUUUACCCAUAUGAUUUUUAUCAACAUUCAAUUGUCAUAUAGUUUUUGAAAAAAAGAAUAAGGGAGAGGAAAUUAAACUAACACAAGUUCAGACUUGUGUGAAGUACAUACACUAAAACAGUUGUUGAAUGUAUUGAUAACUCUUUGCAACCUGGAACAAAGUACAAUAUGCCAAACAGAGCUUCAUCAGUUACAAAUUAAGAAUACCUCAUAACUAUUUACAAGAACGUAAAAUGGUUGAAUAUCUAAAAGCUUAUAGACACUACAACAUCUGUGUUCACUUGAAUUUAAUGAUGCACACUGCAAUUAUUUAUACAGUUAAGUUCAGAGAUCUCACAGAUAGGUAUUUAAUCAAUUGCCAGAUUUUUUUUGUUUUUUAAACUAAAGUCUGUGAGACUUCGCCUUUAAAAACGACAGUACUGUCAAAAUACAGUACGCAAGUGAGGUUUUCUUUUGCUUGAGUGGAUGGUAGUAUUGUAUCGGUCUACUUUUUUGUAUUAAAUCAGUUUUGCUUGCAGAAAUCUAUGAAUAAAUCUUCUCCAAAUCUAGUUAUAUGAUUUGUAAUUUGGUUUAUAAAUUUGAAAAUAAAUAAAUACUUGAAUUAAGUAGA